ACAUACGAUUCACCUAGACACACUGUGCGUCCUUUAAAAAUCACAACCUAACGCUAAAUAAUUCACGCGGUUGCGCUCUGUUUGGUUACAAGAUUAUUAAAGAAAAACACGUUUCUCAAUUUUCUUCGCUUUUGCAAUUGGAUAUUCCUUUCUUUAACCUUUUCCUUCAAAUUCUCCUUUUAGUUUUCCAGAUUCUCUUAAUCGUUUUCUUCAUAACCUCUCCAAUUUCGGAGAUUCCAUAACAACAAUUCUCUGUAACGAAAAAAGAAUGGCGGAAGAACACAGAUGCCAAACACCGCAAUUAUGCGUCAACAAUUGCGGUUUCUUUGGAAGCGCCACCACGGAGAAUCUAUGUUCAAGAUGCUAUCGUGAUUUACAGCUUAAGGAACAACAAGCUUCAUCUGCAAAGCUUGUUCUCAAUCAAUCAAUCGUAGCGCCGCCGAAGAAUUCGCCGGCGGUGGCGGUGGUUGCUGAACUGUCUUCUUCGUCUUCGGAUCCUGUUGCGCUGCCUAGCGUUGUGGCGGUGGAGGAGAAGGCCGAGGAGAAACCGUUGAAACAGAAUCGGUGUAUGACGUGUAGGAAGCGCGUGGGGCUCACGGGGUUUAAGUGCAAGUGUGGGAUGAUGUUAUGUGGGACCCACCGUUAUCCUGAGCAGCAUGAUUGUGAGUUUGAUUUCAAAGGGUUGGGAAAAGAGCAGAUCAAGAAGGCGAAUCCUGUGGUGAAAGGGGAAAAGCUUGAGAAGAUUUGAGAAAGAUGGAAGGGUGUUCUCGUAUUUUCAUGUUUGUUUUCGUUGUUACUGAUUAUUGAACCGGGUUGAUUAUUCGGUUAUUAGCUUAGUUGGGUUGGUCUAUGGCUUGUUAUUAUUGCAGAAAAUUAUUAGUUUAUUACAUUUAAAUAUAUUUUAAGUGUUAUGUUUA